CCCGCACUCUGCCCACGGACUUUGUCACUCGUGUGUAAGUGUCUUGCCAUGGUCUGGGUUGAGAUCCCUGCCAACCCAUUGGUGCGAGCAUUCCUCAUUAUCGCGUGCGUUGUGCAACUGCUUGCGCUCAUAGCGCUGGGCCUGCGAUUGCUCUGUGUGAGAAUUCGCAAGACCAAGUUACGUCGGGACGACGGGUUUGUGUGUGUUAGUACGGUGUUCGGCUUGGUCAACACUGUUCUCUUUUGUUUCUUUGCUUACAGUGGCCUUGGGCCCUCCAUCGAAGGGGCCAACACAGACAUAGACUAUGAGGACCAUAAGAAGAUGCUGUUCAUUUUCGAGCUGAACUACCAGCUUGGUACUUGUUCAGCCAAGCUGAGUACCUUGGGUCUCUAUCUGCGCGUCUUCGCCCAUGAGCGGAUGCAAAAAGCGACCAAAGCCUCCAUUGCAUUCAUCCUCCUGGGGUUUCUGGCCCACCUCUUCUGGAUAGUACUUCUCUGCAGGCCGCUCAGCAGCAUGUGGAAAAUAGGUCACGAGGGUGACUGCGGCGACAGACAGAACAUUUAUUUCUCGAGCUGCAGCUUCACUAUAGCUAGCGACGUGUUGCUUCUUACUCUGCCCAUGCCGGUGAUAUGGCGCCUGCAGAUGAAGCGGAGCUCCAAGAUGGGACUGAGUUGCCUCUUUGCCUCUGGACUACUCGUGGCUGUUAUGUUGACAGCCUGUUUGAUCAUCUCCACUGGGUAUGGCGACUUCAUCUACACGUCUGCCUACUCCACAUUCUUUUGCACCCUAGAGCCCAACUUAGCAUCCAUCUGCGCCAGCUUGCCUGUCAUCCACAAUUUACAUAUGACGUUCCGCAAGAAGCACCGAAACAGCAUGCACCAACCCACCUUCAACGGCGUGCAGACCAUCGGCACAGCAGAGACCAGAAAAAGGCACAACCCACUCGAACACCUCCAAGACUCCCGCGAGACUUUCCAGCUCGAUACCCUGGGCCAUCCGAGCCAGACAUUGCAACACCAUACUUGCGUGGAAAUUGAGAAAGGGUUGCUUUUAGAGCCGCUGCCGGCCAUUCUUGUUGAUAAUCAAGCUCAUAGUAGCGGUUCGCAGACACAACUAAUUCACCAUGCUGGACAUGAGGAGACGGCAUCACUGUCAGAAGCAAUUGCAGUCCACGGGAACUGGGGGGUCUAACGAGAGUAGCUCCUGGGCCGCACAACAUACUGACUAAAGAUUGGGAUAGAUCAAUGGGGUAUAUAAAGCAGGGAACAUAAAAAUCCGCUUUUGGAGAAGAUGAAGCUGAGAUGGGAC